AUGGAACCGGUGGCCAGCAACAUCCAAGUCUUGCUGCAGGCGGCGGAGUUUCUGGAGCGCCGCGAGAGAGAGGCCGAGCAUGGCUAUGCGUCCCUGUGCCCGCACCGGAGUCCAGGUCCAGUCCACAGGAGGAGGAAGCGGUCUCCCCAGGCUCCUGGCGCGCUGGACAGUGGGCGGUCUGUGCACAACGAGCUGGAGAAGCGCAGGAGGGCCCAGCUGAAGCGGUGCCUGGAGCAGCUGAAGCAGCAGAUGCCCCUGGGGGCUGACUGUGUCCGAUACACCACACUGAGCCUUCUUCGAAGGGCCAGAAUGCACAUCCAGAAGCUGGAGGAGCAGGAGCAGCGGGCCCGGCAGCUCAAGGAGAAGCUGCGCAGCAAGCAGCAAAACCUGCGGCAGCAGCUGGAGCAUCUCCGGGGGCUGGGCGCGGCGGGCGAGCGGGAGCGGCUGCGGGCGGACAGCCUGGACUCCUCGGGCCUCUCCUCCGAGCGCUCGGACUCAGACCAAGAGGAGCUGGAGGUGGAUGUGGAGAGCCUGGUGUUCGGAGGCGAGGCUGAGCUGCUGCGGGGCUUCAGCACAGGCCAGGAGCACAGCUACUCACACAGCGGUGGUGCCUGGCUAUGA